AGCAUCUGAAAAUUGAGGGACUGCACUUAUUGCGUUUUAGGGACGCGAUUUAAAAAUCAAGCGCUUUGACAAAGCAUUGGUUAUUUUUCGCUCUUGUAGUUUAACGUCGCGAAUUCGACAGAAUUCUGCUUGAUUUGCAGCUUGAACGGCUAUAAAAUGACACAGAAACAACAUUAGUCUAUAAUGGUGUUAAAAUGAUCGAUUGAUUUACCUACUGCCGCUAAACUGAACCGAGCGCGAAGCCGCGAACAAUCCAAAUGAGCGAUUCAUUUACCGCUAAUUCAAACAUGCAACUAAUAAACUAAUAGAAAGCUGAAUUGAUGAACAGAUUUACAGCUGUACAGUAGCAGCAGCACCACCAGUGAGUUUUUCUCGUGCCCACCAGAGGAGGAGGGGUGAGGGACAAUUAAAUCUUGGGCGAUAGCGGUGGCAGAACGCGAAGAGAUCAAAAGACAGUAAACCAUUGCACCAAAGACGCGUAAAAUCACUCCAAACGCCUUGCAGAGAGAGAAUGGAUCUACCUGCCGUCGGGGAGCAUGUCUUCGCGGUGGAGGGCAUCGAGAAGAAGCGCCUACGCAAGGGCAGAAUCGAGUAUCUGGUGAAGUGGCGAGGAUGGGCAGCCAAAUUUAACACAUGGGAACCCGAGGAGAACAUUCUGGACCCGCGGCUUCUCGUCGCUUUCCAAAACAGAGAGAGACAAGAGCAGUUGGUGGGAUAUCGCAAAAGAGGGCCGAAACCCAAGCACACCCUGGUCCAGCUUCCUGCCUUUGCUCGCAGAUCUAGCAUCCUGGGUGGUCUUCAUGACACAUUAUUGGAUGAGGAGAACCAGCCCAAAGUGGACUCACUUCAGAUCCACAGGCAACGGCCGCAGCACUACCAGCUGAACAGUAAAAAACACCAUCAGUACCUGCCCAGCUGUAAGGAGAUAACAGCAGAAGCACACAUCCGUGGGAAAAAGAAACACUUCUACCAGCUUAACAGCAAAAAGCAUCAUCAUUUCCAGCCAGACCCUAAGAUGUAUGACACACCGCUCACAGGACCCAAAGAGGCCAAGGGUCAAGACCCUGCCAACAAAGGUUGGAACCUCCCUCCAGCCCUGCAACAGAAGUGGAUACGGAACAAAGACACUGACUGCCUGAGCAAAGUGAAGGAUCUGUCUGUUGAGCUUAAAGGACUGCCGGAUAAUGCUAACAAAGCAGAGCGGGCACUUAAGACAAGUUCUAAAGAGUCUGCGCUUCCGAAUGGCAUCGGCAGUAAGAUGAAAAUAAUCGAGAAUAAAAACAAAAACGGCAGAAUUGUCAUUGUGAUGAGCAAAUACAUGGACAAUGGUGUGCAUUCAUCGAGAGUCAAAAACAGGGACACUUCUGGAGUGGAAAAAGCACAACACAAAGAGGAAUCUUUGAAGAAUAAUACACACAAUCUGUCUGAUGUUGCCACAGUGGGCCAUAAGAAUGGUUCUAUUAAGGACAACAGCAAAGUUUCUCCUACUAGUGAGCAUUUUCAUAUAGAGGCCCAGGAAAUGUGUGAACUUCCAAAAGCUAAGCCUAUGCAGACUGAACAAAAAGUGAACAUGGUAACCGAUCAGAUGGAAAUAACUAAAGGUCAACUGAACUCCAUGACAGCGGAGAAGGCUGCGCCAACCCACAUGGACACCAAACUCGGUUACCGUAAGAGGAACCUUUCGGAACCCAGUGAGGACGUUAGAGAUUGUAAGCAGUUCUUCAGUCAGAGGAGCACCAGCGCAACAAGUAUAGUUAUCUCUUCGCCUCAGACAGAACCCAUAAACUUGCAUUACAGAGACUGGCAAACCAGCAGAACCAACAGUUAUGACUUUACCGACACAAUUCUCGAAGAGCCCAUUGACUUAAGCUGUGGUCCAACAAGAACUCCAAUACAGUUUCCUACAGAUGUUCCUUCUGCAAUUGAGAAGGUUGCAGAAAGCUCUAAGGAGGUGGAGAACAAAGACAACCAUUUUAAACCAUUUGUAGGUAACGUUAUCAUCACGGACAUCACUACAAAUUGCUUAACCGUGACCUUUAAGGAAUACGUUCCAGGACAAUAACAUAUUUAAAUAUACUGGAUUGCCAUUUGAUCAUUGGAUGAGCCAGCUCAAAAGCACUGUACAUUGCCAUUCCUGAAGACAUAUUUACAUGUUUAUUAAAGCAAAUAAACCAUUUAUAUAAAUAACUGGCAUAUAAGCAAACUCUAUAUGUUGGGUUUAUUUGUUUAUAUGUCAAUAAAUAUGGUAAAUAAUGUGUUUUGUAAUGCAUAAAAUUGAGACAGUCGGUAGUUUCAGGGUAAUUUACUGGAAAGUGAAUUCGAAGGCACAUAUUUGUACAGUGUAAAAUACAGUGUAUAAAGCUUUGAAUUUGUACCUACCCGAGGAAAUAUCAGCCUAACGGAGAGAGCACACUGGUGAAACUGAAGAAUUCACUAAAGCUUAAUGGAAUAAUUCAGGUUCAAUACAAGUUAAGCUCAAUCGACAGCAUUUGUAGCAUAAUGUUGACUACCACACAAAAAAAAAAAACUAUUUCGAAUCGUCCCUCCUUUAAAAAAAGCAAAAAUCGUGGUUACAGUGAGGCACUUACAAUGAAAGUGAAUGGGGCCAAUUUUUGGAGGAUUUCAGGCAUAAAUGUGCAUAAAUUAUUUUGUGUAAUAUUUGAGCUGUAAAGUUGUUUAAAUUGUCGGAUGUUUUAUGGAUUUAAGGAUUUACGGCAUUACUGCGUCAUGGUAAUGAAGUUGUAAAAUUGGCUAUAACUUUACACAGAAAAGGUUAGUAAGAGAUUUUAUCACACUUAAAUGUCAUGUUAACACGCAUGUUGUUAACGUCUUGUGGCUAUACUUUUAAAACCGUAAGUAUAACCGUUUACGGAUUGGCCCCAUUCACUUCCAUUGUAAGUGCCUCACUGUAACCAGAUUUUUUUUCUUAUUUUUAAAGAAAAGUAGGGACCAGUCGAAUUUUUUGUGGUUAUCAACAUUAUGCCACAAAUGUGUCGAUUGAGCUUAAAUUGUUUUGAACCCAGAAAACUCCAUUAAUGUUAAAUGCACUUACCCACAACUUUCAAUGUCCAUGUACAUGACAAUAAGGUAGAUUGAUUAAAAUGCACAUUUUAAGUCAACAUACCUUUAGUCACAUUUUACAAAUGUAUGGACAGAAUUAUUCCUCCAUUGUUUGGGAUUUCAGUACAUAUAUCGGAGAUCUUUUAAUCUUGAGUUGCUACGAAAGGUGUCAUCAGAAAUGUAUAUGAAUGUACCUACAACAAGUAUUUUUGGAUAUUAGCAUAACAGAUUUUGUUUUGGCUGUUUUUGAAUAAUGAAAAAUUUUACUUGACUGGAUAAAGCUGUUGACCUGUGAGGUCAACCUUGUCUUCCUUGUGCAAUGCUAGAUAAACAACUGGAUUGUUUGAUGUUUCCUACCCGUAAGACGUUUAAGUUGCACUUUAUCAUCUCCUGGAUAUGUUUUGAUAUUGAACUCAAUAAAAAGCCAACAAAGGUUACGUCUUAUGCAGAAUGGUUCGAUAAUAGCAGUAUGACUAUGAUUGGAUAUCAUAAAUGAAAACCGUUUAAAACGUGUAAGGAUUAACACUUACAUUGGACAGUGUCAUUCAAUAGCUUUAGUAUGUACUGGAGUCUGACUUUGCUGUCAAUGCAAGAUACCCGCUGAGAUCUGUGUAAUAUACAAACUACACAAUAAUGCCAUCAAGGUUAAAGCUGUUUUAUAUGCGUAAUGUGUGCAUUUUAUCCGUAAAAAACUGUAAUUGAAAAUGUUUCUCAAAUCCAUAUUAAACUCUGUUCAAUAAUAAUAAAAAAAGAGAAAUAUUUGUU